UCAACCGACAUCACUCACAUGAUGUCAUGCUCCUGCAAAAUCGCCUCACACUACUAAACGUACUGGAGAAUCCAUCCCCUAAAUUCCUUCAAAAUCGAUUUUCAACGAAACCAAACCAAAAUUUCGUUAGUUAUUUUCAAUCAUUGUUCUUGAUUACAGUACUAAUCAACCAUUAAUCCGUAUGCCGGACGGUGAAGCUGAUCUUUCCGGUGAUAGCAACAGUAACAUGUGUUCUAUUAGUACAAUCGCCGAUUCUGUACUUCAAAAAUCUGAUAAGGAUCCUAGAAAAGUCGCGAGAAAAUAUCAGUUGGAGUUAUGCAGGAAGGCUUUGGAGGAGAAUAUAAUUGUGUAUUUAGGGACGGGUUGUGGCAAAACUCAUAUUGCUGUAUUGCUUAUGUAUGAGUUGGCUCACUUUAUAAGGAAGCCUUUGAAGAAUGUUUGUGUUUUUCUUGCACCGACGGUCGCCCUUGUUCAUCAGCAAGCUAAGGUUAUAGAAGAGUCUACUGAUUUCAAGGUUGGCGUCCAUUGUGGGAAAUCCAACCACUUGAAAAGCCAUUGUGAUUGGGAAGAAGAGAUCAAGGAAUAUGAGGUUCUUGUCAUGACGCCUCAGAUAUUACUGCAUACCUUAAGCCACAGCUUCAUCAAGAUGGAUCAAAUUUCUCUUCUGAUAUUUGACGAAUGCCAUCAUGCUCAAGUUCAAAGCAGUCAUCCUUAUGCACAAAUCAUGAAAGUCUUCUACAAAACUGAAGUUGGAAAACUUCCCCGUGUAUUUGGCAUGACUGCAUCUCCAGUGGUGGGAAAAGGUGCUUCUAAUCAAGCUAAUUUACCCAAAAGCAUCAAUAGUCUUGAAAUUUUACUUGACGCGAAGGUUUAUUCUGUAGAAGACAGUGAAGAACUGGAAAUGUUUGUAGCGUCUCCAGUGGUCAGGAUAUACCUGUAUGGUUCUGUUGCAAAUGGAACAUCUAGCUUCUACAUAGCUUAUCAUAGUAAUUUGGAGGAGAUCAAGCGCAUGUGCAUAUUGGAACUUCACAAGAGGUUAGAUCAUUGCCAAAGUCUUCGGAGUCUACGAAAUACGAAAAAGUUGCUCACUAGAAUGCAUGAGAAUGUAGUAUUCUGUUUGGAAAAUCUUGGCUUUUGGGGAGCAUUACAAGCUUGUAAAACUCUUAUAAGUGGCGAUUACUCUGAGUGGAAUGCACAGAUAGAAGCAGAAGGAAAUAUCAUUGAUGCCUCAGUUUGUGAUAAAUAUCUUGCUCUUGCCACAAAUAUGUUUUCUUCUGUUUGCAUGAGAGAUGGUGUUGCAUUUGACCUAUCAUGUGAAGAGGUUCUAAACGAGCCUUUCUUCUCAAGAAAACUUUUACAACUUAUUGACAUUCUUUCCACCUUCAGGCUACAACCAAAUAUGAAAGGUAUAGUUUUUGUAAAUAGGAUUGUCACUGCAAGAUCCCUUUCGUACAUAUUGCAAAAUACGAAGUUCUUAAAUUCUUGGAAGUGUGAUUUUCUUGUUGGCGUUCACUCUGGGCUAAAGAGUAUGUCACGAAAGACCAUGGGCAGCAUCCUUGAGAAGUUCCGAUCGGGAAAGUUGAAUUUGUUGAUUGCAACUAAAGUGGGUGAAGAGGGACUUGAUAUUCAGACAUGCUGUCUGGUUAUACGGUUUGAUCUCCCAGAAACUGUUGCUAGCUUUAUACAAUCAAGAGGUCGCGCACGCAUGCCUCAGUCUGAAUAUGCAUUUUUGGUGGACAGUGGCAAUCAGAAGGAAAUAGAUUUGAUAGAGAAGUUUAGAAAAGAUGAAGACCGAAUGAAUAUGGAAAUAUCUUCGAGAACUUCUAACGAGCCACUUGUUAGCAUGGAGGAAAAAGUGUUUAAAGUAGAUGCAUCUGGCGCCCGGGUCACUUCUGCUUAUAGUAUAUCAUUACUGCAUCAUUAUUGCUCAAAACUUCCACGUGAUGAGUAUUUUGAUCCCAAGCCACAAUUCUUUUUUAUUGAUGAUUUAGGGGGAAUUGUCUGCCACAUAAUCUUACCCUCAAAUGCUCCAGUGCACCAAGUUGUUGGUACACCACAAUCUUCGCAAGAAGCUGCAAAAAAAGAUGCUUGUCUGAAGGCCAUUGAACAAUUGCAUAAAGUUGGUGCAUUAAGCAAGAAUCUUUUGCCGCAUCAGAAAGAAGCAGAUGAGGAGUCAGUUUUUGAUUCUGAUUUUGACAACAAAGGUGACGAUGUCCGUGGUGAACUGCAUGAGAUGAUAGUUCCUGCUGUGUUGAAGAAUUUAAAGACUGGCUCAGAGAAUAUACUUAAUCUACAUUCUUACUAUAUAGAAUUUUUUCCUGUUCCUGAGGACAGGAUCUAUAAGAAGUUUGGUCUUUUUAUAAAAGCACCUCUACCCCUAGAGGCUGAGCAAAUGGAACUCAAUCUUCACCUGGCUCAUGGCAGAUGUGUGCUUACAAAGCUUGUUCCAUCAGGGGUUUUUUCAUUCAAAGCCGAGGAGAUCACUAAAGCAAUGAAUUUUCAAGAAAUGUUAUUGAAGGUCAUUCUUGACAGAUCAGAAUUUAUUCCUACUAUUGUUACCUUAGGGAAAAAGUCUUUUUGUGAACCAAGCUCUAGUUUCUAUCUGCUGCUUCCCUUCCUUUUAUGUGGCCACAGAGAUAGAGUGACAGUAGAUUGGGAGACUAUAGAAAGAUGCUUAUCUUCUCCUGUUUUUAGCGGUCUGGAAAAAGAAUGUCCUUCUUCAGAUGAUCAUUUGCAACUUGCUAAUGGAUGCAAAAGCAUAAGUGACAUCAAGAAUAGCUUAGUAUACAUCCCACACAAGAAACAGUUUUACUUUAUUACGAAGGUUGUUCAAGAAAAGAAUGGUUAUAGCCCACGUGAAGGUUCAAACUCCUUAAGCUAUAUGGAGCACUUAAUCCAAAUGUUUGGCGUUCAACUUAAAUAUCCUGAACAGCCUCUUCUUCAAGCAAAACCUCUCUUUUUUUUGCACAACCUGCUACACGACAGAAGGAAAGAAGAUUCUGAAGCACAAGAGCUGGAAGAGUACUUUUUUGAUUUUCCUCCUGAACUUUGUGAGUUGAAGAUAAUAGGCUUCUCUAAGGAUAUUGGAAGUUCCAUCUCUUUAUUGCCAUCAGUUAUGCAUCGACUGGAAAACUUGCUUGUAGCGAUUGAAUUGAAGAGUUUAUUAUCUUCUUCUUUCUCACAGGGAGCUGAAGUGACUGCAUGUAGAAUACUGGAAGCGCUCACUACAGAGAAGUGCCAGGAGCGUCUUUCCCUUGAAAGACUUGAAAUCUUGGGUGAUGCUUUUCUCAAAUUUGCAGUUGGUCGACAUUUGUUUCUUUUGCAUGAUACCCUUGAUGAAGGGGAGCUCACUAGGAAACGUUCCAAGGCAGUAAACAAUUCCAAUCUGUUGAAACUGGCAUGCAAAAGAAACCUGCAGGUAUAUAUACGUGAUCAGCCAUUUGAUCCUUGCCAGUUCUUUGCUCCAGGUCGUCCUUGCCCUAUAAUAUGCACCAAGGAAUCAGAAGGAAAUAUUCAUUCUUUAAAUGGAAGCCAGGCACUAGAUCAAGCAUAUACAGGUGAAGUCAGAUGCAGUAGAGGUCACCAUUGGUUGUACAACAAAACAAUUGCUGAUGUAGUUGAGGCUCUUGUUGGAGCAUUUUUAGUUGAUAGUGGCUUCAAAGCUGCAACUGCAUUUCUUAAAUGGCUAGGCAUCAGAGUGGACUUUGAAGCUUCAGAAGUGACCAAGGCCUGCCUAGCAAGUAGUAGUUUCUUGCCACUUUGUUCUUCUAUAGAAAUUACUUCCCUUGAAGAUUUGUUGGGGCGUCAGUUCGUCAAUAGAGGUCUGCUACUACAGGCAUUUGUGCACCCUUCCUACAACAAGCAUGGAGGAGGUUGCUAUCAAAGACUCGAGUUUCUUGGAGAUGCUGUCUUGGAUUACUUGAUCACGUCAUUUUUAUUUUCAGUUUAUCCCAAAUUGAAGCCUGGUCCCUUGACUGAUCUCAGAUCAGCAUUGGUAAACAAUAGAACCUUCGCCAUCGUUGCAGUUGAUCGAUCUUUCCCCAGGUUUCUUAUAUGUGAUUCUGAAAAUCUUUCAGAGGCUAUACAAACAUAUGUGAAUUUUAUUAAAGAACCUGCAUCAGAAGGGAAUUUGUUUGAAGGACCAAAAUGCCCCAAGGUACUUGGUGACUUGGUGGAGUCUUGCUUGGGUGCCAUUCUUCUAGAUACUGGGUUCAAUCUGAACUGUAUCUGGAAAUUAAUGCUAUCUUUUCUGGAUCCGGUUUUGAAUUCUCCAAAUGUGCUUUUGAAUCCUUUUAAAGAACUACAAGAGCUCUGUCAAUCUCGUGACUGGGAGUUACAGUUUCCAACAUCAAAAAAGGGCAGGAUCUUUUCAGUUGAAGCAAAAGUAGAUGGUAAAGAUAUUUGUCUUGCUGCUUCUGCAAGUAACUUGAACAAAAAAGAGGCUAUUAGAAUUGCUUCAGAGAAAAUAUUUGUGAAGUUAAAGGAUCAAGGCUACAUUCGCAAGACUAACUAUUUGGAGGAAAUAUUAAGGUCUAGCCAGAAAAUGGAGGCCAAAUUGAUUGGAUAUGAUGAAACCCCUGUUGAUAUUACUGCUUAUGAUGCUACUAAUCUUGAAACUGUUAAAGUCCGAGAGCCUUGUGGCAGUGAUAUGAAUACCAAAAUUCAUUCCAUGAGUGAACUUAGUGAUUCUUGUUCCCCCAGCUUUGCUGCUGUAAAUAAACACCCUAUAUCUCCAUCUGUAUUUGCUGGCAGGCAGACAAGUAGAACACUUGCACGUCCCAAAUCUGAUGCAGACAUGCCCACCACAGAUGGCUCAAACUCAAAUCAUGGAUCAGCAAAAUCGCGUUUGCAUGAAACAUGUGCUGGUAAUUAUUGGAAACCUCCUUUGUUUGAAUGCUGCUCGGAUGAAGGGCCAGGCCACUUGAAGCUAUUCUCAUACAAGGUAGUAGUAGAAAUAGAAGCACCUCAUUUGAUUUUGGAGUGUUUUGGAGAACUCAGAUCGAAAAAGAAAGCUGCGGCCGAGCAUGCGGCUGAAGGAGCACUUUGGUACUUGAAACAUCAAGGUUACUUACUUUAGAAUCUUCACAUAUUAUCCUCUAAUUUGUCUAUAAUGAUCUAAGAAAAAUUAUGAGUUCAUAUGCUAAUGAUGGACUAGUUUUUGGUACAUGAUUAUAUAGAAGAUGAGUUUGCCUCCAUGUAUUUAUGCUAACAAAUCAGGACGACAUUAGUUGAUGAGGUUAUAUAUAGGGAGAUUUCCUUGAUUCUGAGUUUAUUACAGGGAAAUUUUUAUAUUUACUUAUAUUUAAAAAAAUACUGUACGAGUUAAAUAAAAUAUUUUCUUUCUUUUUUCCAA